UCUUUAAGAUCCCAGGGGAUCAAGGGGUAACGAUGGCAAAGUAAAACAAACAGACAGACAGAGACUGUUAUUCACAGGACGAGAAAUUAUGAGGGGACAACUCUUGCGGUAUUUGUCUGCCCUUAUUUUGGGCAGCCUUCUCACUACUUUUAUCCACUAUGCUGUCAACAAUGACUGGAAACUUCUCAACACACAACCUCAGCAACACCACGUGAAGAACAAAAUCACUGGUUCCUAUAAGGAAAUCAAGGAGAAAAGCAAAGGAAUAGAAAUUUGCUCGGAAGUUUCUCAAGUCUGGAAAAAUGAAAAUCACAAAAUCGACCAGAAGCCACCUCAGCUAAAUGAUUCUCAGUCUUGUCAAGACUGCAGGGAGAAAAUAGAAGAAAUGCUACAGAACUAUUCACAACCCUGGGUUAAAGACGAAGAAAAGUUCCAAGAAAUCAGGACAGGGCUUAGGGUUCACUGCAAUGGUUUGGAGAACGCCAUCAUAACCCAGAUAAACAGUCCAAUGAGAGCGAAGAUUGUCUAUGAUGGGGACAAGGGGCAUACUCUCAAAGUGAACUCACAACAUUUUGCAACAUUUGUCAAAACGCGUCAGAUCUUGAAUAAAACGUUGCAAUCAUGUGCCGUUGUUGGGAAUGGAGGAAUCCUAGCAAACAGCUAUUGUGGAAAUAAUAUUGAUUCAGCUGAAUUUGUGAUCAGGUGUAACCUAGCUCCUUUGUUAAAUGGAUAUGAGGAACAUGUUGGGGUGAAAACAAACAUUGUGACUGCAAACCCGAGCAUUUUAUCUAAAAGGUACGGCUCGCUUUUAGGCAGUCGACGCAGGUUUGUAGAGAGUCUUUGCCAAUAUGACGACGCCAUGGUGCUGCUUCCUGCAUUCUCCUACGUUGUAAACACAGCAUUGUCUUUCCGGGCUCUGUACACCAUUGACGACUUUGAAAUGCCCAUCCGGUCUGCCUUCAUGAACCCAAACUACCUUCGGAGUCUGGCUGUUUUUUGGCGCUCUCACGGAUUGUUAGAGAAACGCCACAGCACGGGUCUUAUGAUGGUCAGUCUGGCGUUGGAGCUGUGCGACAACGUGGAUCUGUUUGGAUUCUGGCCCUUCGGUCUCCACCCAGAAAGCUUCCAAGAACUGACGCACCAUUAUUAUGACAACAAUGAAGCUAAGAAAUCUGUACACGUUAUGUCGGACGAGUUCAAAUUUUUGUUGCAGUUGCACAACCAAGGUGUGCUGAACCUACACCUCGGGGAGUGUGUACCAGAGGAAUAGGUUAGUUAGACCACUCUGAUGCAAAUGUUUAGAAUAUAUUUGUUACAGCAUACAGAAUAUUAAUUGGUUCCUCAUCACUCCAUGUCCUUGUUGCUUUAUAAAUCACGGAGUGAUAAGUGUCUUUACCCUUGAACAUGAGUUCCUGCACACAAGGAGACUGAAAAUCAUCUCUGAUCUCAAAAGUGUCAGAAAGGUGAGAGCAACAGCAGCAAAUGAAAUGCAAAACAAUCAAAGCAGAACAAAAUAAGUUUAUGAAACGAUCAAGGCCUGCAAACAAACCCUUUAUCAUGUGACAUAUUGCCUCUUGUAAAACAAUUUAUUGUAUGCAACAGUGCAUGUCAAUGAACGUAACAGCUUCUUAACACACCAGCAAGAUCAGUGAUUUAAGUGUACCAGGUAAAACAGGAAAAGCAGCAAGACAGAAACCUCUGAACGGUGCAUGACUGCAAAUUUCAGUCAUGGUGAAAAUAAAGUUCUGGAUCUCCAAGUUAUAGGGGCUUAGAUAUUUUAUACUUGUCCAAGCUUUUUUGUUUCUUCAAUUUUAGUUUCUUCUUAAAUUUAUUUAUUUAAAGACUUGGUUCUGUGGAAUGGUGAGUGGUUUUGUACAUUUGAGGUUAGCUUCAAAUAAUUUUAGAAAGUGGGAAAGUUAGAUCAUUUAUUUGUUUCACACCUAAAACUGACAAGAGUGUGUUUCUUUUCUUUUCUUUUUUUUUUUUACAACAUUCAUCAGCUGAAAACACUGAGUUCCUGUAAAUCAAAGCUAAAAACCCACCGGUUUAGAUUGCCUAUGAUUAAUACUAAUUGGAAAAUUAAUUAAUUCUAGUCUUAAUUGAAUAUUUGAUCAUGAUUAUUCUUGAUGAUGUUGAGGAUUUUUGACAACAUGUAGUGUUUGGUGUUCUCAAUAUAAUUAGUUGCUGGUUUUUGUUUGUAAAGCAUUUUGAGUUUUCAGUCUUUUUGCUGAAAUGUGAAAUACAAAUAAACUCGACUUCACUAUUGGUAAAACA